AUGGGUGUAUCUGAUGACUCCAGCAAGGAGGGCGCACUUGUACGCUCGUAUAAUGUUAGCUAUAAAUUGAAGAAUUCUGUGUUCUCCCCCAGCCCUGUUCUCUCCAGCUGCCCUCCAAGAUUGUGUCCUUUAUCAUUUGGCGAAGGAGUUGAGUUUGACCCUUUACCGCCAAAGGAAAUAAGGUACACAUCCUCAGUUAAAUAUGACUCGGAGAAGCACUUCAUCGAUGACAUCUAUAUGCCAGUGGGCUUAAGCGUUUCCUCUUGCAGUCAGACAGUCAUCUGUGUCCCAAACUGCACAUGGCGCAAUUACAAAGUCGAGGUCCACUUCGAGCCCCGCAACAAGCCCCAGCGUUUCACCAGCACCACCAUCAUCUACCCGAAGCAUGCCAAGACUGUGUACACCACCACGCUGGAUUACAACUGUCGUAAGACCACACGGCGGUUCCUCUCCAGCAUAGAGCUGGAAACAGCGGAAUACCUUGGGAACGACUGCGUCCUGGAUGGUUGCUGA